AUGGAUCGCUCCUUCGUGCAUGGAGUGAAACAACAGCAAGAUGGACAGGACUAUCAUGCUUGGGGUUAUCAUGGUGGUCAACAAAGUGGUCAGCAGUAUUAUCAGAGAGGGCAAUCUCCCAGAGGUCAGAAGUCUCCCUGGCGUGGUCAAAGCCCCCGCAAAAAGUCACCUCGUGGUGGAAAAGGUGGAGGAAAGAACAUGGAUGUGCAAAACUAUGGACCCUUUCAGCAAUUUCCUGCUGCGCCCUUUCAACAGCAGAAUUUUCCUGUGGGCCCUCCUUUGCCACCGCCGGCUGGACCACCGCCAGCCUGGCAUCCACCUUUUGCUCAUCAGGGCCCACCCAAUUCCAUUGCCGUGCCUCAACCCUUCGUUCCUUUGGCGGUUCCGGCACCGACCUUGACACAGAGCGUGCCCAACACUGGACAAUCAGAUUUGAUCAACUAUUUGCAGAAGCGAUCGGUGGAUCUUCCCCCAGACGAAGCAAGGGAAGAAAGUCAUCAAAGGCUUACAGGCAUCCGCCAAGGCCCUGGAGAAGCUCGCACCGCGUACGAGGAGGCUCUACAAGCUCGAGUUCAACAUGUAUCGUCGUGGAAGUCCUUUUUGGCAGAAGCGGUGCGCAACUGGACGGACUAUGCCAAGAUGUUCGAACAGAACGAAUCAGCUCUCCAAGCAAGGAUCACAGCUGCCAGAGACCAGUUCCAGGAGGCGAAGGAGUGUCUGGAUGCUUCGAAGACAUCUGCAGGGCAAGUUACAGAAGUCGCGGCCAGCGACGAGGAAGAGCUGCCUGGAGAUGGAGAUUCUUCUGCAAUGCAGAUUACGACAAGCAUUCAGACUCUGUCGAACUCACUUCAGCAGCUGUCCAAGGAUGCAGAAGCUAUUCAGAUCGAAGGCCCUGCGGCCAAGCGCCCCAGAACAGAAGAAGGAGCUCUAUUGGCUAUGAAGUGGAGCCACAACGUGACCUUUGAGGAGAACUUCCAGUGUGAAUGUGGUGCCAGAGAAUCUGCUCAAAAGCUCGCUCUUGAGAUGAAUCUGGCUGGUUGUCACCAGGGUUCUCCAAUGCAUUCCUCUCCUUCGUCAUUGCGAUCUUCUUUGAGAAGUAGGACAUCACGUUCUCUGCGUGUGGGCUUUGCAGAUUGGACGUGUCUCUACAUCGGAGAAGAAGCUGACUGGAGAUUGCAGAAGUUUUGCUUGCCAUCAUUUUAUUUUGCCUCCGAAUCAACACCCUGGAGUGGAUGCCCCAUGAUUGCGGACUUGCGUGCAAGUCGGUUUCAAGUUCGUCCCUGGCAUGAUGGAGGUUUAGCACGAAGCUGCUAUCCCACUACUAUGCACAAGGACACCCGAAUUGCUUUCCACCCGCCGGGAGUUGAUCAAUACAAAAUCAUUGACAAUCAACUGGACAACCCCGCUCGGCGACUUCAAGAAGAACCGACCGAGCCAGGCGAUGAUCUUCCUCGCAGAGCUGGACUCAUCACGGUGCACUACCAUGGAAGAGAUGCAGAUCCUCACUCCUAUGCUCUGGCCAGUUCUUUGGAACUCAUGGUGAGUGGCAGAAGAAUCACUGAGGUCCAUCUCAUCUUGCUGCAGAUCAUGAAGAUUUGGACUAUGACGACUACGAGGCUGCAUCAAUCCAUGAUGCUACGCCAUCCCAUGGCAGUUCCUCUGGGGCCCCUCGACCAGAAGAGGAAGUUGGAGUUCAUAUCUUUCGACUUGAGCGGCCUGAUGGACAUUGCUUCUUGA